AUGCCAUUUGAACUCACUCCAUUUAAUGAUAAGAAUGAUCUUGCAGAAUAUGUUAGAGCAUUCUCUAGUUUAACAGAUCCAACAACUAUUAGAUAUCUAUGUCGCACUCAUGUUCCAGGGUGGAGUAAUAUACCGGAAAAGUUCAUAUGUGUUAGUCAGAUAGUAGCUGGGUUGACUAAUCAGCUAUUUGAAGUAACUGUUACACUUGAGUCUGUAUCAAGCAAGUUAAAGCAUUCAAGAGUCUUAUUCCGUAUAUAUGGCACUUAUGUUGGUCGUCUAUAUGAUACGAAAGUUGAAGUUGAGGCUUUUAAGUAUUUAGGGAAAGUUGGGAUAGCUCCAGCUCUAAUUGCAGAUUUUACUGGUGGACGAAUAGAAGAAUUUAUUGAUGGUGAUCCUCUAACAGCUAAACAGUUGAAAAUAACAUCUGUAUGUACAGAUAUAGCUAGUAUUUUAGGAAGACUCCAUACUCUCAAUACAUCUAGAAAAGAUUUCCCAUCUUUUUUUGACAAGGAACCAAUAGCAUUUAAAAGGUUGAAACUUUGGAGAAGUGAAGUUGUGACACAGUUGUCACAUCUUGAUUCUGAUCUAUUAACUAAUAUUUGGACAUAUUUUGACAAGACAUUCCUAGAAGAAAUGUUAAAUGAAGCAAAUUCCAUUGAAAUUCUUAUACUAGGGGCUUCUCAAAGUCCUACUAUUUGUUCUAAGUUGGCAGAUAUAUCACUAGUAUACAAUGCAGUAUUUGCUCAUAAUGAUAUACAAGAAAAUAAUUUGCUACAGGUUUCAACUGGUUUAAAGAUGAUUGACUUUGAAUAUUCUAAUGUCAACUAUGCUGCGGCUGAUAUUGCAAAUUUCUUUUGUGAAUUUAUGUAUGACUAUUGUCAUGAUAAACCUCCAUAUUUUAUAGAAAUGAGGGAUUCUUACCCUUCAAAGUCUCUUCGUAAAGUUUUUGUUGCUGUAUAUUUAUCAAAAAUCAAACAAGAGGAAAUUUUACCUGAUGAUGAUAUUGUGAAUACAGCUGUUGAUAUAAUUGAGACAUUCACAUUAUUAUCACAUUUGUCAUGGGGAUUUUGGUCAAUUGCUAGGAUAUCUGGACAUCAUACAAAUUCUCUAGCCUUUGAUUUUAUACAAUACUCAAAAGUCCGCUUUCUUCAUUAUUUAGAUAAAAAGAAACAAUUAGUACAACAGGGAAUUUUACCACUAAAAUGGGAUAUAUAUUCUUGA